CGCUGACGUUGCGUGCUUCACUUGGAGCGCAUGCGCGUGGCUGUGUCAGGGAGGCCGAUCAGUGAGAAAAGCAAAGAUGAGGCUCCCUGUCCUUGGGAAAGACACUGUGCGGAUGAGGGACCCAGAAGGGCUGCAGGACAAGAUCACGCGAAUACAACGAGGAGGACAAGAGAAGCUGCAGAUCAUUUCAGAUUUUGAUAUGACGCUGAGUCGCUUCAGCCGUAACGGAGAGAGAUGCCCCACUUGUUACAAUAUUAUAGACAACAGCAACAUUAUAAGUGAUGAAGGCAGGAAGAAGUUAAAGUGUCUGUUUGACAUCUAUUACCCGCUGGAAAUUGACCCCAAAAAAUCCAUUGAGGAGAAGUAUCCUCUUAUGGUGGAAUGGUGGAGUAAAGCGCAUGAUCUCUUUUAUGAACAGAGAAUCCAGAAGGACAGGCUGGCUCAGGUAGUGAAGGAGUCUCAGGCCACGUUGAGGGAUGGCUACGAUCUGUUCUUUAACAGCCUUUACCAAAGAGAGAUUCCUCUGUUCAUUUUCUCAGCUGGAAUUGGGGACGUCCUGGAGGAGAUUAUCAGGCAGGCAGGUGUCUUUCACCCAAACACCAAGGUUGUCUCCAACUAUAUGGACUUUGAUGAUAAUGGUAUUCUGACUGGCUUUAAGGGAGAUCUCAUUCAUACCUACAACAAAAACAGCUCCGUAUUGAAGGACACGGAAUACUUCAAGGAGAUCAGCCACCGCACCAACAUCCUCCUGCUCGGGGAUACGCUGGGGGACCUCACCAUGGCCGAUGGUGUCAGCACUGUGGAGAAUAUCAUAAAGAUUGGCUUCCUUAAUGACAAGGUAGAGGAGCUGACAGAGCAGUUCUUACAGUCGUACGACAUUGUGCUGCUGAGAGAUGAGACUCUGGAUGUGGUGAAUGGAAUCCUCCAGUUUGUCACUGCCAAGAACUGAGCCAUUAUCCUCAUGCCACAAACUCCACAUGCAAAUGGUGCCAUGUUAUCAGGACACACUGAAUACAUCUAGAACUCUCAUUCCAACAUACAGCAAAUGAGAGAUGAUCGGUUCUUAAAGUCAUACUGACAUAUUUUGGUAACAUCACUAAGGUUGUUCUGAUCCCUGCAGUCCUCCCAAGAUGGCAGCCUGAGCCCAAAACAGUUGCCCUGUGUCACACCCUUAUACGAUUAAACCCAAUUGCACAGAGGAAUACGCUGCUAUUAACAUGUGCUCACACUACACAAAUAGAUUUUAUUAUUUUUUAAUAGCAAUGGUUCUCCUUUAAUGGCAGUGUCUUCAUGUAGGAAGUGUGGCUGAACUGCUUAUUUCCCUGAUUGUACACCCCGCGGGCCAUACAAAGGGUAGCUGUAACCUCAACAUCUUCUACCGAACUUUACUUUUUCACAUUUCAGCUUCAUUUCAAAUGCGUAGCUCGUUUUAACGUCACUCGAAAUUGUGUUGGGACACUAAUAAUGUUUUAUUUUAGUGCUUUUAUUUUCACCAUUUCAAAUAAGGGAAAACACAGUCUGACGGCACAAAGUGAAAUUUUUUCACAGCCGGUCCGUCCAUAUGUACUCCCUGCUGCACCCAGUGUGCUUCUUUGAGGAGUUUUUCAGUUUACAUUGUUCACAUUCUAUUAUUAGCCAUUUCUUGCAGUAAGUUUACAUGCUUUCUUUGUUUUAAAGAAGAGGACACCCCUAAUGGGUCUGAUGAAGCUGAGGCUUUUAUGUGUGUGUGUGUUAAUGUUGUAUUAGAUCAGGCUGGGGCAGAUCAUGUCCUUGCACAGUUGUCAUGAGAAGAUGGUGGCAAAGUCAUCCCUAAAUUGCAGGAUUUAGAAUUCAUAUGCAGGUUCCAGUGGCAGGGAGAAAAGCUGCUGUCUAGAAAUGCACAAUAUUGAACUGUUUGCUUGUUGCACCCCCUCCUCCCCGACAGCUGGAGCUGCACAAAACUUUUGUUGGCAAGAGCAUUGUGUGUUUUUUGGAAAUGGCAAGUUUACUUUCAAUAAAAAACAAAUUCAGAGUAAAACA